AGAUCUCGGACCGAAACUCAAAAUAAUAAGCUAAAUAAACUGACAUAUUGCGUGAUAAACUUAUCUCUUAUCAACUCAUUUGAUUUAUUAAACUUAUUAAUGGCGUUUGUGGCAAGAAACGAUCAACAUGGCAAUGAGAUAAUGAGGGUAAUGCUGUCCACGGAACCGGGAAAACUCACGGUUGCCUCCUGUCAAAAUUUGCGCAUUAAUUGCGCCCCACAACAGGCGCCAAUGGAAAACAGCGAGGGACGUUACGAUCAUCGUCAGCGUUUCCAUUAUUAUGCCGAUGAUUCACAAACUUGGCGGCAUCGGGCCAAGGAGCAGAAGAGUCACAGUGUUGUCGUGCCCAUAGCACAGCAGGAGCGGGAAAUGGAGCGACAGAGGACCCACAAACGUUUGCGGGAGAAGCAAAGUCUCAGCGAUGACGAAUCAGCUGGCUGGAAUACCGCCGAGAUCAUUGCCCAUAGCACCUUAGACUCAGCAAGGAAACCCCUGGAAGUCUGUACCUCACGACGUGACAACUCCGCAACCUUUAACUCCUGGCUGGCAGAAAAGAAUAAGAGCCAGCAGCAACAGGCGGAGGAUCGCCGCCUGAUCGCCCAGCAGGAGGAUCAACGUGCCGAGGAGCGAGCUCGUCUCGCACACGAGAAAUAUCAAAAUUGGUUGAAUGCCAAGUCCAAUUCCACGAAAGUGCGUCGUGCGAAGUCCGACCUAAGUUCGGCGCUGGCCUCAACGACGACAACUUCCAGACAAUCGCUGCCGGCGGAUGAGGCGCAACGUCGGCUGCACGACUGGGAACGGGUUAAACUGGCCGCCAUGAAAGCACAGCGACAGCGACGUAAGGAUAAACAGCAGCAACAAGAGCUCAUGGAGACUGCACGACGCGAACUCAGUGCGGAGGCCUGGGAACAAUGGGUGGAUGCCUCCAGGACCAAACCACGUCCGGUGCCCAUGGGACAAGGCCUCGACUCGUUGCGUGGCAGCAUGGCACCGCUCUAUACAAAUCCCCAUGAGUGGCAACCGAUUGUGGCACACGUCAAACGCAAUCCACAACUACAAUCCCAACCACAAUUGGGGGGACAGGGAGAGGGACAGGGACAGGGACAGUCGACGACAGCACGCAAUGGACCAGACUAUGAACGCCUCGAGCGUCUGGCGCAACCACGACGCAAACAAUGCCGACCCACUUCGCGUGAGGAGAAGCUCAAUGAGAGCGUCAAGACGUUGGAUGAGACCUUGGCGCCAAAGUCCGCCAAUUGCAGCGUUGCCAGACAGUCGAGUGCGCCCGAGGUAACUGCUGACCUCGAAGAAAGUCCGAAAGUUAUCGAAGCAGAACCUGUCGACAUGUCAAUAGUCACAGAAAAAGAAGUCGAACAGCAGAUGGAGGACCCGUCAGAGGUGUUGGAACCGCGUGGCAAGCCCAUUAUUUGGAGUAAAAAUAAUGCACAACGUGUGCGUGAACUUCGUGAGGUCAUCAGUCCCCUGGACGAUCAAAUGCCACUUCAACUGCGCGAUGAUCAAGUGGAGCAGCUGCGCAAGCAUCAGGAUUUACAAAAUAGCAAGGUAUUACCCCGUAAAUAUCAAGUGAAGCGUGAAAAGUUGCGGGAGAAGCUCAAGGCUUGGGUCGAGGAGGGAAAACUGUUGCCAGAGCGAUCUGCAACCGAUGAGAAGAGCCCAAAACCAAAUCAGUCAAUGGAAAUCUCACAAGGACCGGAAAUAAACACCAAUGAAUCGAAGGGUCAGCGUUCCGAGGAUCAAAUGCAAUCAACGGCAAGGAAAUCGGUUAGCACCGAGAUACGAGGCAGGAGCACAGAUCCCGCUCGGUUGCUCAAGCUCAAGGACUCUAAGGGAACGACCAAAUCCCGACCCUGGCGUUAACUAACCAACAAAAAAAACAUCUGACAUGAUAAACAUGCUUAUUAUAUAUUUUCUACGUUACAAAUCAUUCAGCUAUACAUAUACAUAUUUUAUACAAAUGGCAAACAAGUUUAGCCUUGCUGCUGACCCGAGUUUAGUUUAUUAUCUUUGAAAUAUUAAUUAAAAAUUUUUAGCUAUAAUAAAAUGUAUUAUAGUGCC